AGGCCUCCUACUCUCCCCAUCAGCGCACGGAUCAGGUUCGCAUUCCAGCGCCCCGACGCCUGUACCUGGGUCACCGGCCCCCCGCCUAGCUCGAGAGCGUCUCCCCGCCUAGGGGCGGACGUGCCCCGGCUCGGCGGCGGGAGAGCCUCCGCCCUCACAGGGUCGGGGGGGGAGGAGCCCACUCGAGUUCCGCCUCAGCAGCUAUGGCCGCGUAGAGUCUCCUCCGCGGUACUGCUCGGACAUGGGCCUGCCCCGGGCCGGCAGCCUGAGGCAGCGAGUCUCCGCCGCGAAACACAUCAAUAUUAGAGACAUUUAAAAGAACCCUACUAUCCUGAAAAGGACAUAAGUAACCAUACGUUAACAUGCCUGCUGUGGCUUCUGUACCUAAAGAACUCUAUCUCUGUACUUCAUUGAAAGAUCUUAACAAGAAGACAGAAAUAAAAGCUGAGAAGACUAGCACAAAAAAUUAUGUGCAAAGUGCCCUUAAGAUCUUCAAGGCAGCAGAGGAAUGCAGGUUGGACAGAGAUGAAGAAAAGGCUUAUGUUCUGUAUAUGAAAUACGUGACUGUGUAUGAUCUUAUUAAAAAAAGACCUGACUUCAAGCAACAACAGGAUUACUUUCUUUCUAUAUUGGGACCUACAAAUAUAAAAAAAGCUAUUGAAGAAGCUGAAAGACUCUCAGACAGUCUCAAACUUAGAUAUGAGGAAGCAGAAGUUCGGAAAAAGCUUGAAGAAAAAGAGAGAUUAGAAGAACAGCAGAAAAAGCAAGAAUUAAAAGAUGAUGGAAAGGCUUUAGCUAAAAAGUCUCCAGAAAAUGCAGUAGAUUCCAGAGGAAAAAACCAAAGGCUCAAUGGUGAGAAGAAGGGGUCAGUGGAAAGAAAAGAUCGAUUUGACAGCCUGAGUGGAGCAAUCACUGCUGAGAAACUGUUUUCAAUGAUGAUGGACAAAAGCAUCGAAUUGCUCAUAAUGGAUGCUCGAAGCUUGAAAGAUUAUCAGGAAUCCUGUAUACCAAAUUCCAUCAGUGUGCCAGAAGAAGCUAUCAGUCCAGGAGUCACUGCUAAUUGGAUUGAAGCUAAACUCCCAGAUAAUUCUAAAGGUCCAUGGAAGAGAAGGGGAAAUGCUGAUUAUGUUAUACUGCUUGACUGGUAUAGUUCUGCAAGAGAUUUAAAGCUAGGAACAACUCUACAGAGCCUGAAAGAAGCACUUUUUAAAUGGGAAAGUAAAACUAUACUGCGGAAUGAGCCUUUAAUCUUGGAAGGAGGUUAUGAGACUUGGCUUCUUUGUUAUCCCCAAUACACAACAAAUGCUAAAGUGACUCCACCCCCACGUGGCAAGAAUGAAACAGUAUCAGUCUCAUUAGAUUUUACUUAUCCCUCUCUGGAAGAGCCAGCUCCUUCUCCUCCACCACCUGUUGUCUGUGAAAAGCCCACUCCAGUAGAAGUGACAGAGAAUGAUGAAAUGGAAGAUAACCAAGUGGGGAAGAUAGGAUCACAUUACGCACCAACUCCAAGUGUGCCAGUUGCUGCUCUCCCUAGUAUCGAUGGUUCACCUAUAGUCCCCCCAAUAUCUGCUGUGAAAAGUGUCCCACAAAUUGAUCGUACUAAAAAGCCUUUAGCAAAAUUUCCUGAUGUUAAUAAUCCAAAAUCUGAAGUUACAACCCCUGAUAAACUUCCUAUUCAGAAUGGAAGAAUGGUUCCAGAUCGUUCCACAAAGCCAUCAUUUGAUGCAAAGAUCACUCUGACGGAAGAGGAGAAGAGCCGCAUACAUGCAGAAACAGCUUCCCUAUUAGAGAAGAGCAAACGGGAAAAAGAGUUGCGGGAAAGACAACAAGAGAAAGAAAGAGAGAAGCAGGAGCAAGAACAUAAAGCAAAAGAGGACCGGGAAGAAAAGGAACUCAGAGAAGACCUACAGCAAACAAAAGAAGAGCAAGAGAGAAGAGAACAGGAAGACCAAACAAGUAGGGACCAAAAAGAAAGACAGAAAGCAUGCAAAGAAGAAUUAGAAGAAAAAAGACAAAAGAAAACUGAAGAAACUACUACUGCAAAAAAACUUGAGCUUGAUAAAAUAUCCGCGGAAGAAAAAGAAAAGGGGACUCGAACACCAGAAAUGCAGAGGCGUGCAUUAGGAGAUGGAUCUCUGACAGGGGUGUCAGUCUCAAGCAAGUCCCAGCGGGAGCCAUUGAUGAGAGCACGAAGUGAAGAAAUGGGGAGGAUAGUACCAGGAUUGCCUACAGGCUGGGCAAAGUUUCUGGAUCCAAUCACUGGGACCUUUCGUUAUUACCACUCGCCAACAAAUACUGUUCAUAUGUAUCCCCCGGAAAUGGCUCCUUCAUCCACCCUUCCAUCCACUUCACCAACUCAUAAAGUCAAGCCACAGGUGACUGCUGAACGGGACAGAGAACACUCCAAACUGAAGCGAUCCUACUCUUCACCAGAUAUAACCCAAGCCAUUCAGGAGGAAGAGAAGAAAAAAAUUCCUGUAACUCCUGCAAUCAGUCGUGAAAAUAAACCAGUGUAUUACACUAAAGCUGAAAUCUCAAGGCUAUCUGCACAACAGAUUCGUAAUCUUAACCCUGUGUUUGGGGGAUCAGGACCAGCUCUCACAGGGCUUCGUAAUUUAGGGAACACUUGCUAUAUGAACUCCAUAUUGCAGUGUCUUUGCAAUGCCCCGCUUCUGGCUGAUUAUUUCAAUAGAAAUUUGUAUCAAGAGGACAUUAACAGGUUGAAUCUCUUGGGGCAUAAAGGGGAAGUGGCAGAAGAGUUUGGCAUCAUAAUGAAAGCAUUAUGGACAGGGCAAUACCGAUAUAUCAGUCCAAAAGAUUUUAAAAUUACAAUAGGAAAGAUCAAUGACCAGUUUUCAGGAUACAGCCAGCAAGACUCCCAGGAAUUGCUCCUGUUUUUAAUGGAUGGACUGCAUGAAGACCUAAAUAAGGUAAAUAAUGUUAAUAUUGAUGACUUCAAAGCAUCAGAAUUAGCCUGGCAUAAACACAAGCAGCUCAAUGAAUCUAUUAUUGUGGCACUUUUUCAAGGCCAGUUCAAAUCUACAGUGCAAUGUCUUACAUGUCACAAAAAGUCUCGAACAUUUGAGGCUUUCAUGUAUUUGUCAUUGCCACUUGCAUCCACUAGUAAAUGUACACUACAGGAAUGUCUUAGAUUAUUUUCCAAAGAGGAGAAACUUACAGAUAACAACAGAUUUUACUGUAGCCAUUGCAAAAUGCGAAGAGAUUCUUUGAAAAAAAUAGAGAUUUGGAAACUGCCACCUGUUCUUCUUGUGCAUUUGAAACGAUUUUCCUAUGAUGGAAGGUGGAAGCAAAAGCUUCAAACAUCUGUAGAUUUCCCUUUGGAAAGUCUUGACCUGUCACAAUAUGUUAUUGGUCUAAAGAGUAAUUUGAAGAGAUACAACCUAUUUUCAGUAUCCAAUCAUUAUGGAGGGUUGGAUGGAGGGCACUACACUGCUUACUGCAGAAAUGCUAUAAAACAGCGCUGGUAUAAGUUUGAUGAUCAUGAAGUGUCUGAGAUCUCCGCAUCCUCUGUGAAGUCUUCAGCAGCAUAUAUUCUCUUUUACACUUCCUUUGAACUACGGGCUGCAGAUAUAGCCACAUAAAGUGUUUUGAAUGAAGUAAAUUAAUUCUCUAUAAAUGCACAACACAGGUAUUGAAAUGCAUAUUAAUAUGCAAAGCAGUGACCGAUAUAUAGCCACUUAGUGUUAGGGCAAGGUUGCAGCAGCUUCUCUGCAAGAGGAUCUUUCUGGUCAGUGCUAUUGCUUAACUCAGAAGACUGAUUUAAUAAUGCUUUUGGUAAUAGUAACUUAUGUUACAAUUUGUUUCAAAACUAUAUUUUUAGUCUGCUCCAAAAUGAAAUUCUAGCUUAAUUAGCAACUAGGUUUAAAUAUCCUAAAAAUCCCACAGCAUAUCUUGAUUUAUUUUCUUUUCUAUCAAUCACUGUUAUGGCCUUCUCACAUUUCUAACCUUAAGCUUGAUUCUACUGUGAAUACUCUAGAAUGAUGUAAACAGUUAGGAAUGUAAGUGUACAUAUGGAUUGCAUACUUGCACAUCAGAGCUAUGUAUAUAAUAAAAUGUGGUCCUUUUGUGAGAAUCUCUA